AUGGCGCCCUCAGCCACGACUACAUCACCCGUCCCCGGCCCUGCAGAGCUUCUGGCGACCAAGCUCGUCACGCGACCCGUUAAGGAAGAUGGAUCCGCACUGUAUCCCGAGUUCAUGCCCUUCUAUAACCCUCUGGAGAAGGUAGAAGACAUCGGGUCUUUCGAGCACUUCGACCCCGGGCACCGCGCUGACCCAAAGCUCCCCAAUCUUCUCUCAACAGCAACCAAGGUCAUUGACCUGUCGCCCCAUGUUGGCACCGAGAUCGAGGGAGUCCAGCUGUCGCAGCUGUCAACUGAAGGACUGGAUGAACUCGCGCUUCUCGCUGCCAAGCGUGGUGCCUUAGUCUUUCGCAACCAGGACUUCCGCGACAUCGGCUUCGAACGCCAGAAGCAAAUCGUACGCCACUUCGGUCCACUGCACAUCCAUGGAUGGGCGCCACACCCUGCUGCUGGCUCUGAGGAGCACAUGAUUAUCUACGAUCACAAAGAGGAUCUACGUGUGCGCAAGUCUUGGAGGGGUCGCAGCCCCGUGCAAUGGCACACCGACCAGUCCCCCGAGCCUCAGCCCCCUGGUACCACCUUCAUCUGCAUGCUCGAGUCACCCUCUGCCGCUGGUGGUGACACACUUGUGAGCUCUAGCGUUCAAGCUUUCAAGGCCCUGUCACCGAAGUUCAGGAAGAGGCUGGAGGGGUUGACUGCUAUCCACUCCAAUAAUGAUGGUGUCACCCAGGAGCUGAAGAACGGCCAAAACGCAGUCAUGAGGAGACAGCAACUGGUUCAAGAACACCCUGUCGUCAUCGUUCAUCCCGUCACCAGAGAUAAGGCACUAUAUGUCAAUCCCGUUUACACGAAGAAGAUCGUUGGGUUCGACCAAGAGGAAUCUGAUUACCUCCUGAACUUUUUGUUCGAUCACAUCGCUAAGAGACAAGAUUUCCAGUGCCGUGUUCGCUAUGAGGCUGGUACCGUUCUCAUCUGGGAUCAGCGUGUCACGAACCACUCUCAGACCCUUGACUACCCUGCUGGUGAGCGCAGGCAUGCUUUCCGUCUGACUCCAUUGGCGAAUAAGCCUAUCCCAGCAAAGGUUGAGGAGGACGAUGGUGAAUGUGAGAAAGACUUCGGGCGGGUAUCUCUUGGACUCUGCUAG